AUGGCGCCCUACGAAACUCCCUUUGAUAGCCGCUGUUUGAACGCUCUGUAUAGAUUAUCUUGGCUUCUUAUCCAGCCGUGCUAUUGGUCUCUGAAUCGGAUGAUUUCCUGCUGUGUUUCAACAUCGGGCGAUUUAUCAACGCGUGGCGAAGACCCAUGCUACGAACGAUUUGUGUACCUUGUUGUUUUAAUACCGACGUAUUUGAUAAUUUUUCUGAUUUUCACCCCGACUGCAUUACUGGGUUUGUGUUCCUGGAUUAUCCUACAGCGAUACAGACAUCCAUUUAUUUACUCUUACUACGAAUCGCAGUGUAUUCUUGAAGACUGGACUGAUAUUUCUACAAGACAGUGUUUUCGUAUCGGUUCCGCAAAUAUCUCCCUUUUACCUGAAGCAAUAGCUAGGAUGAAUAAUUUGGAAUGUACCUACUGGAGAGCCAAAGAAAUGGCCCAUCGGUUAGCGAACUCUCAGCUGAGACCCAGACCCAAGAUAUUUAUUGAAUCUCCCUCAGAUAAUGAACUUGCAAGAAGCAGUUCUUUGUAUAACCAUAUGCAAAACCAUUACCAAUACUCAGAUGUAGUGUUGACAAAUAUGGAAAACCACACAAGUAAAGUGCACAGCCCAGACUGUGAAGAUGUGCACAUUGUAUAUAACAGUGGAUACACUAAUAAUCAUAUUAAUGGAACCAAUUCUACUGUACGUAAUGGGGGUAUUGUCAAAAAUAGCCAGACAUAUGACAGUAUUCGAUCUGAUACUACACAAGACAGUGCCUAUGUUGUUAACUCCAGGAUGAAAAAAUCACCAAGUGCCCCCAGCAUGCCAGAUGGCAUCAGGCAGCCAUCUCGUUCCUCCACGCAUUCAGAAUUUCAAGGUUCAGACUUUAUGCCUAUGGAUUCAAAUCCAAGCAUUUCAUUAAAUGCGUGCGGAUUAAGUUUAAGUGAAGAUCAAAGUAACGGCGACUUUUCCCCAACUUUAGCCAAAGAAGAUAGCAGAACGUUCAAUGAGGGGUUUUCAAGAUGCCAACAUUCAGUGGAAAUCAACUUCCCCUCACAGAUUGAUUUUAUGUGUUUUCAAGAGGUUUAUGAACCUAGUUCUGCGAAAGCAUUUAUCAAAAAAAUCCAUCCAUGGUUCAGUCAUAUAAUUUAUGAUGUUGGCAUUAAUUCUUGGGAUAGUAAUCUAUUCAUGUUGAAUAGUGGUCUGGUUGUAGCCAGUAGAUAUCCAAUACUAGAUGCAGACUUCAAAUAUUUCACCCACUGCGCAAGAGAAGACAAAGCUAUUUGUAAAGGACUGUUAAUGACAAAGGUGAUGCCUAGGUAUAACUACCAGGUGAUGCCUAGGUAUAACUACCAGGUGAUGCCUAGGUAUUACUACCAGGUGAUUCCUAGGUAUUACUACCAGGUGAUGCCUAGGUAUAACUACCAGGUGAUUCCAAGGUAUUACUACCAGGUGAUGCCUAGGUAUAACUACCAGGUGAUGCCUAGGUAUUACUACCAGGUGAUUCCUAGGUAUUACUACCAGGUGAUGCCUAGGUAUAACUACCAGGUGAUUCCAAGGUAUUACUACCAGGUGAUUCCUUGGUAUUACUACCAGGUGAUCACAAGGUAUUACCACCAGGUGAUACCUAGGUAUUACUAUCAGGUGAUUCCUAUGUAUUACCACCAGGUGAUUCCUAGGUAUAACUACCAGGUGAUUCCUAGGUAUUACUACCAGGUGAUGCCUAGGUAUAACUACCAGGUGAUUCCAAGGUAUUACCACCAGGUGAUACCUAGGUAUUACCACCAGGUGAUCACAAAGCGAAACUACCAGGUGAUGCCUAGGUAUAACUACCAAUUGAUACCUGUGUAUUACUACCAGGUGAUGCCUAGGUAUUACUACCAGGUGAUUCCUAGGUAUUACUACCAGGUGAUGCCUAGGUAUAACUACCAGGUCCGACUUGGAAAAACUAGAGACAGGCAAAGAAUUGUUGGAUAUAUAGCUGUAACACAGCUCCAAGCAGGCAGAGACAAAAGUUUUAUCAGAUUGAACCAGAUGAAUAAGAUAACACUAUGGCUUCAGGAAUUUAAAAAAAAGACCUUGUGUGUCUCUGAUCCAGAAGAUAUUAUUGCCUUUGAUGUUCUCACCGGGGAUUUUAAUUUUGAUAACAUGUCACCAG